UCCUCCUUUUUCUCUCUCCUUUUCUAUCUAAACUUUCUACCGCGACUGGGCAUGCAUUCUUCCCUGAUAAUAACCCUCUGGUCAUAUUAUUCAUGCUAGCUCUUCAGAUAUCGUGGAAAGGCUUUCUGGAUUUCUAUGUUCCAUGAAGUAGAAACAUGCGUUUCCCCCCUUUAUACAGGCUUUUAGGCUGCACUGGUAUUACGAUUCACCGACGGCAAUGGCAAGCAGCUUGCUCGUCCGUACGCACUUCAUUCAACCGCCAAUCUCUGUGGCUCGGUGACGGAGGAUUCGCCGUCGAGAAUGGGGGCGGAAGAGGGUGGUUAAGGGCUGGUUAAAUCACCGCUGAAUCUCAGCACUCCAUCGACGUUCUCCCGGUGAUGUGUUCGAUGGUGAAUCGUGUGCCUUUCUUUGCCUACAUGGGCCAGCAAUCGUUUGGCUGUUACGUUCUGCUUCACAGAAGUGAUUGGUAUGGGUUAGCAUCUGCGCCUUCCACGUCCAAGUAACUCACUCGGGAUUCACGCCUUCCCGCGCAAUUCCAGCCUCAUCUUCAGCUGUGUCUUAGUAAAAAGCUUGCUCAGUCAGAUACCUGGUACCUAGUAUAUAUCGCAUCUCCUCCGCCAGGUCUUCCCUCCCAAUCCUUCACUCCACCGCCUCUACUCAGACCAGAACUAGCUCAUAGACAAGUCAUAAAUGGUAUAAUAUAAUGGACACUUUCGAAGGCCUCGUAAUCCUCCUUGUCAUUGUCCUAAUCUUUACCCCUACCCCAAUGACACAGGUCUGGCAUUGGCUCGCCGUCCAAUUCGGCUGGGAGUGGCUACGGCCGCACCCACCGCCUCCGGAAUACGUCGCGCCGCUCCUGGAUGAACUACGUGGGAUCAGGAACGAUCUCGAUAUCCAACUUGUGCCGGUUUUGGGCUUGUUCAGGCAGCGGUUGGAAUUGGGAGGACAAGACGCAGGGUUUGAGAGAAGUGGAGGUGCGGGUGCGGAUGCGGGUGCGGAUGUGGGGGAGAUGGUCUGAACGGGUGAAAGUGAUGACUGAGUAUGGAGGGCCAUUCUGAUAUAUAUGGCGCGCGAUUUUGCCUCGUGGCAGUGAUAAUUCACUGGUUCCCUGCAUUUAAACCGGUCCGGGGGCACUAUUUAGCUACUUGUAUUUCGGAUUUUACGACAUCACUGGCUGUGUGAGCUGGCUUCUCGCUCCCUUCAGCAACCGUCCGCGAAGGCCGCCCUUAGCCCUUCCAGCCCCAUUCAUUUGUUAGAUGUGUGCCGGGGUUCCUGAAUUUACCGAUAUAUUGUUUCUGGAAAUGGCUAAGGUUGCUAGGUUGUUUUGUACAUGACAUAUGAUGCCCCCGCGCCUUGAUUAUCCGAUGGCCAUUCACCUGUCCACUUUGGACGCGGCCCCUUCGUCAUACAGCACCUGGCAUCAUAAUUCGCGAAAUUUAACUUGUAUUAUAUAUAUAUGAACGAAGGUACAAUAGCUAUGUGUUGUGUUUGACAUUUGCCAUGUUCUAGUUGAGACGAUACUUGACUUUGCAGUGUAUGAAAAUGGAAGAAUAAAGCUCAAUAUUUUCU